CGGUCACACUAAAGUAAAAACUAUGCGUAUGCGGGACGGACUCUUUUUUUUUAUUUAUUUUUUCGUAAUCGACACGCCAAAAUAGUGCAUAAAUCGCUGGGAAUGCCGUGCAAGUGUCGUCGAGUGUGUGAAAGUGGAGUUUCCGAAUCAGCCGAUUGAGAUCGUGUCCCCGCCUUUGCCCCGCCCGGCCCCGACUGACCCACAGCCCGAUACCCGCGUACCGUGCCACCGCCAAUCAAAAAGAAUUCUUUUUGCAGGCGACGACGCUGCUCAGCAACUUCUCCAAGAACUUUUCGCUGAAAGAGUGCAAAUUGAGAGCAGAAUAUUCCCCCAGCGUCCGCGAGUUUAUGUGUGUGUGUGCUGGUGUGUUGGUGUGUGCACCCCUCUUCUCGCCAGCGCCAACGUCGAUCCCAUUUCACGCGUCGCCGCUUCGUCUCGCCGUCUCGCACUCUUCACGCGUGUGUGUGUCUGAGUGUGUGUUGUUUGUGUGUGUGCGUGUGUCGCCAUCUCCCUCUGAUGCACCACUAGCCCGAACGGCAGCAGCAGCAGCAGCCAAGGGGCCGAGGGGCCGAGGCAGAAACCAAGCCAACUGUAUCCGUCAUCAAACAACAGCAACAACAGCAACACACAGAAAACGCAUUUCAUUGCCAACUACUGACGAAACGGUCAACGACAUUGCAACAUAGAAGCUACAACAACAACAACAACAACAGCAGCAGCAGCAGCCACUACAAAAAAAAUAAACCGCUAUAAAGAGAGAGACUGCAGCGAGCCGCCACAUAGGAAAACGCAAAGAAAAAUGCCCAAAUGCGAUGUGAAAACGCGUUACAUUCCUGCGACUUUCGCCUGGAUUGUGCUGCUCCUGACCACAUUUCUGUUCUUCUUCUAUCCCUGCCAGUACUACGUGAAGAGCCAUCCAUGGGUGCUGGCCUACCAGGGCGUGAUCACAUUCUUCGUGCUGGCCAACUUCACGCUGGCGACGUUCAUGGACCCGGGCAUUAUACCCAAAGCCUCACCCGACGAAGACUGCGAGGAGGAGCUGCGCGCCCCGCUCUACAAGAAUGCUGAGAUUAACGGCAUCACCGUCAAGAUGAAAUGGUGCGUCACCUGCAAGUUCUACCGCCCGCCCCGCUGCUCCCACUGUUCCGUAUGCAAUCACUGCAUAGAGACCUUCGACCAUCAUUGCCCGUGGGUCAACAACUGCAUCGGCCGGAGGAACUAUCGGUUCUUUUUCUUCUUCCUCGUCUCCCUCUCCAUACACAUGCUGAGCAUAUUCUCGCUGUGCCUGGUCUAUGUGCUCAAGAUAAUGCCCCACAUCAAGGACACGGCGCCAAUUGUAGCCAUGAUACUGAUGGGCCUUGUUACCAUACUGGCCAUACCCAUAUUCGGCCUGACCGGCUUCCACAUGGUGCUGGUGUCACGGGGUCGCACCACCAACGAGCAGGUCACGGGCAAGUUCAAGGGAGGCUACAAUCCGUUCUCGCGCGGCUGCUGGCACAACUGCUGCUACACACAGUUCGGACCGCAGUAUCCAAGCUUACUCAACCCAAAGAAGUACGAAUCGAGGCGAUCGCAGACCCAGAACCAGGCCAUUAGCACGAUAUGCAACGAUCGGACCAACCAACAGAACAAUUCCAGCGGUGCCGGUGGCAACGGGACUGCUGCUGCUGUCGGCAGUGGCGGCGGUGCCGGGGGCGGUAUUCGUGGUACGGCGGUGCAGUAUUCGCCCCGCUCCUACUACGAGUCGAGUCGGGAGAAGCGUGGAAUUCAGGUAAAGACUUAUAUGGCCGAGGGCAAUGGUUAUAAUCAACGGUCGGGCAGCACAACGCUUUACAGUAAGCUAUCGCCCGGACGAGAGUGCUCCGACACGGACCUGGAGCCGCCACCCGCCUCACAGAGCCAAGACUGCGAGCCGACGCCGCCGCUGCAGCGACACAACUCGAGCAACUUCUACCUGCCGCAGGUGAGCGACGGCGGUGGCGGCGGCCCCGGCGGCCUCAACGGCAGCAUCGCCACGGGCAUGCCCAACUCCCAGAGCACGGCCGGAGGCGGCGGCGGCGGAGGAGGCGACUCGCCCCGCCACAUGCGUCUCUACCAUCCGCGCCACAGUCCGCAUGCGCGGCCCAGGGGUCUGGAUCCGCAGCGCGGCUAUACGAGCGACGCCCUAUCGCCGGAUCAUCCCGGCGGCGUUGGCUACGGCGUCGGGGUCGGCGUCAGUGUCCAGCAGCAACAGGCUAUAGCGGCGGCGGCCGCUGCGGCUGCGGUGGCGGCGGCAGCAGCACAAAAUCAACGCAGCGGGACGACCACCGCCACACCCACCAUGCAGCAACGAAUUAAGCCGCUGGGCGUGGCAACGCCCCUGGUGAUGGCGAGUCCAGUGCGAAGAUCCAACCCGGGCACGCCCACGCAGCCGCGACGUCCCGACUUCAUUGGCCUGAAUGCCCAGGCCGCAGCAGCGGCCCAACAGCAGCAACAGGCAGCAGCGGCGGCUGCAGCCGCGGCCUACUACGAGUACACCAGUGGCCUGCCGCCCCAGCAUCCCCAGGCGCCCACCAUCCUGCAGCAGCAGCAGCAGCUCCUGCUCCAGCAGCAACGCGUCCUCAUGCAGCACCAACAGCAGCAGCAGCAGCAGCAAGCGUUGCAGCAGCAGCAGCAGCAGCAACAGCAGCAGGCGGCUUCUCAUGCGGCACAUCCGCAGCACGCAGCAUUGGCCCAGGCCGCCUACGGGGGCAGUCCGCAGCGUCGCUUCCUCUCCGAGGGGGAGCUGGUGCGCCAGGGCCAGGGCGGCAACGAGCUGUCCUACGCCCGCUCCAACAACACGGUGGAUAACAUACGCGAGCUGGCCGGAAGCCCCCAGCGCGGUGUCUACAUGUGGAAGGACACCUCACCAGGUUUCAGCACCAACAGCACCGGCGGGCCCAUCGGACAGCAGCAGCAGCAGCAGGCCGCGGUCAGCGGAAUUGGCAGCAGUGCUGGCGCGCUGCCGAGCAGCGGCAACUCGUCCGUGGUGGUGCCGCACGCCCAGUACAUAACAGCUGGAGGAGGGACGCAUCCGCUAAUCAUGACGCACUCGCGCCUGCAGGACUACGCGGUCCAGCAGCAGCAGCAGCAACAACAACAGCAGCAGCAGCAACACCAGCAGGCGGCUGUGGCGGCGGCGGCAGCAGCUGCCUCAUAUCAUCGCUCGAACCCCACGAGUCCCACGACCAUGCCGCAGGCCUCCACAACCCAGACGGGCUACGUGCUGCGCUACGGUGGAGCCGCCGGAGGGAGCAGCGGCAGCAUUGCCAGCGUGUCGGCCAGUGGACCCUCAAUCGGCGGCACAGUCGGGGGCGGUGGGUACCAGCCAGCACUCCGCGGAGGCGUAGCCGUCUUCCCGCCCAAUCCGAUGGUCGGCGUCAAUGUGAGCAGUGCCGCGGGCACCCUGCAGACGCAGCCCUCGCCACAAAUCAAGCGCAAGCAGACCCCGACACGACCCAUGAGCUUUGUGCGCGCCCUCGAGAUGACCGACUCCAUGGAGAUGCAGUCCCUCGAGCACCAGCAGCAGCACAACAACGGCGGCCUGCCCAGCGGUGUGGCGGCGGCCGCCGGCGCGUCUCAGCCGCAGAGCAAUGCGCAUCUCAUGCAGAAUGCCUCCAACUCGGGGACGCCCGAUCGGGCCAGCAUCUACGACAUGAACUAUGAGAUCUCCGUAUAACCCGUGGUUGUGCCCGUUCUCCUAAUGCCACCCGCCUCCAAAAGCAGUAGCCAUCCUGGCCCAGGCCUUGGUCCUGCCCCAGCAGCAGCCACAGUCCAAACAUCUACAGCCAUAGCCACAGCCACAGCCGCAGCCACAGCCACAGCCACAGCUUCCAGCAACCAGCCGUUCUUCUGCCAACAUCAGAAGCAGCAGCAGCCGCAGAUUCAGCUUCAGCAUCAGCAAUUGCUGGAGCCGGCGGCCUAUGCCUCGGUCCCAGUGCUGCCUGUAAAGCAGCAGGGCAACGGCUUGGCCAGCUACCAGCCGCAGUCGCAGCAGCAGCAGCAGCAGCAACUUCACAGCCAGAACCACCAGAACCCUCAAAUGCCGAACAAACGCAAAUUUUCGACCUUCUUUUGAGUUGGUCAACGAGCCCAGUUUUUUUUUUAAUAUUUUUUUUUUUGUUUUUUUAAUCGUAUAAUUGUAUAUAUCUUGUUAUAUACUUACUUAUGUACAUAUAUAUACCAGACAUGUGUGUGUGUGUGUAUAUGGACCGCUUGCGUACUGCUGUUGUAGCUGUAACUUUUAUUAUUAUUAUUAUUAUUACGUAAUUGUAUGCUUUGUUUUUAUGAUUACUCAUUUUUACAAUGUUUCACCAUUUUAAUAUUUAUGAUUUUCAUCCUUAAGCAUUUAUAUGGUCAAUAUAAUAUGAAUUCAGCGAGAAACUAACUCAAAAACGAAGCAAAAACGAAGAGAAAGCUAAAACAAAUGCUAAAAUUUAGAUACCUUGUGAAUGUGCGUGCGUUUCAUAGCUGUAGGAGUGAAUACAAGGAGGACCUUGAGCCUGAAGCUCUGCCAUAUGGUUGUGUAUCGCACUGUAUAUACCCACCCACCCGUUCGAUGGUAUGCCGCUAUAAAAUCUACAUAAAUACAUGGAUAGUAUCGUAUAUGCAAUCAACUUGAAAGUCGCCAAAAAAAAAGGAGCAGUAAAUUAGUAAAUUUAGUCUAUGUGCUAUACAAAUAUAGGCCAUUUAAUGUAUAUAGGAGGAGUGUCGAGGAGAGGAGAGAGAGAGUCUAUGUGUAAUGUGCUAUGAUAAACAGAUAUUUGCUUUGCACCGAGAGAGAGUGUCUUCUAUAUGUCUAUACCAUAUCCGUGUAUCCGAAUGAAAAGCUGCUUCAAAAGGCGUGAUCGUGAUCGUCAUAUGUAUAGGAAAGAAACUGAUUUAUUUGGCCCAGCAACAGCCCCCUCCAAGUCACCAUUCAAUACCUGACUAAACUUAAUACGAUAGAGAUCCAUUCGAUGACCAACUGAUUAUUGAUUAGUCGAUUCGUUGAUUCAUUUUCAUUCAACUUCCAUUCAUACGUAACUUUAUUUAUUAAAUACUUGAUGUUCGAUUUUAGAAUUGCCUUCAA